GGAAGAGAUAGGAUUUGAUUGCCUCAGUUAAGUUUUCUUAAAGGUACUGCUCUUUGAGGUAGUCUUACAGGAUGAAGUGUUUUAAUAGUCAGUGAUGAGGAGAGUACAGUUGAUUGGAGGGUGUGUUUUCUGAGCAGAGGGAACAACAUAAAUACAGACAAAGAUUUUGGAAUGUAAGUUGGUGGAGGUAGCAUGGCUGGAGCAUGGUAACUUGCUUGGCUGGAGAGAAGAUGCCAUACUGGAAAAAUAAAUGUGCAGCAGAUUGUUGCAGGCUUUGAAGGUACUUUUAAUUUGAUAGGAAGAAUGAAAUAGUGAAUGAUCUUAGCUGGGAGUUGUAUUUUGGAAUAUUAAUUUGGUGUUACCUGUGGAUUAGACUGAAAUGAAAAAAGCCAGCUACCUAGUGGCUAAGGGUUUGGGCAACUUAUUUAUUCUUGUAGAGCCCACUUAUCUGCAAGAGAGGAACAAUAAUGCUUAUGCCAUGGUGCAGUUAUGGUUAAAUAAGAUGGUGUAUAUAAAAGGCAUGGAAUGGCUCCUGAUACAUACUGUGUAUAUUAUAGCAAUUGUUAUUAAAUUGAUCUUAUACUCUAUAUACCCUGAUAAUAAAUAAGCAACUCAGAUAGAAAUGCAGAGUCACUUCAAUUAGUUCCAGUCCUAUAAUAUUAAGGCUAAAUUAGCGUUCAUGUUUUUCCCCCCCAAGAUCCUUUGGAAACUCAUUGGAUGGAUGUUCUAAACCAAACAAGAGUGACUCAAUUUGUCUUCUUGGGACUCACUGAUAACUGGGUGCUGGAAAUACUAUUUUUCAUGGCAUUCUCAGCCAUGUAUGUGCUAACCCUUUGGGGGAACAUUCUCAUCAUGGUUACCAUAGUCUUUACUCCAUGUCUUAGUACACCCAUGUAUUUCUUCCUGAGCAAUCUGUCCUUUAUUGACAUCUGCCACUCAUCUGUCACUGUGCCUAAGAUGCUGGAGGGUUUGCUUUUUGACAGAAAGACCAUUUCCUGCAUUGCACAGCUCUUCUUCCUACAUCUGUUUGCCUGUGCUGAGAUCCUUCUGCUGACCAUUAUGGCCUAUGAUCGUUACGUAGCCAUCUGUGCUCCAUUACACUACCCCAAUGUGAUGAACAUGAGGGUCUGUGUACAGCUUGUCUUUGUGCUCUGGUUGGCGGGUACUGUUCACUCACUGGUGCAGACCUUCUUGACCAUUCGUCUACCUUACUGUGGCCCCAAUGUUAUUGAUAGCUACUUCUGUAAUGUUCCUCCUGUCAUCAAGCUGGCCUGCACAGAUACAUGUCUCACAGGAAUUCUGAUUGUGUCCAAUAGAGGAACCAUUUCCCUCUCCUGUUUCCUGGCUUUGGUCGCCUCCUACACCAUCAUCUUGUUUUCUCUUAGAAAACAGUCAGCUGAAGGGCGCAGGAAAGCUCUGUCCACCUGUUUAGCCCACUUCAUGGUGGUUUCCCUCUUCUUUGGACCAUGUAUCUUCAUUUACACUCAGCCAGACACCAGCUUCUCCACUGACAAGUUGGUAUCUGUCUUCUACACAGUGGUCACCCCUUUGCUGAAUCCCUUCAUUGACACCUUGAGGAAUGAGGAAAUAAAAAGUGCUAUGAAGCAUCUCAGACAGAGACGAGUUUUUUCAUGAAAUCAUGUAUAUUAUGGGUUUGGAAUUAUAGAUAUUAUUAUGGUCAUAUCUUUAAUGAGAGUAAAAGUAAGAAAUCAAAAUCGUUAGGUGAAAUGGCAUGAAGCAGGGCAGACUUCUGCACUAAAGAGAGUGACUUGUUAACUAUUACUUAAAUAAAGGAAAAGAUCAUAUUGUAAUAUGUAAAGGAAAAGGAUCUGGAAAAGUUUAAAGAAGACUUCUAGUUACACCAGUAAAAAAACACAUAGA